AUGACUAAUUGGUUAAAAAAAGAUCUGUCAAAUAGUGCUAGCACUUAUAAGGAUUGAAUAAUUAAUAAUUGCGCUGUUUAGUGAAGCCUUUUUUUCUAAAGUUACGAUAGCAUUGUUGAACUAAAUUCUUCUUUUGUGUCGCUAUAAAGUGGAUUCAAUCACGUCGCACACAUAUUCAUCAGUGGAAUUGUGAAAAGAAGUUUGUAAAUUGGUUAUUCAAAAUUCAGUGCAUUAAUAUGAUAUCGAGUGACGCAUAUAGGAAAUAGAUUUGAAAAAAUAUAGUCAACUUAUCAGCAAUACGCAGCAAACACUAGAAAUUGUUUGAGACCAUAGCUUAUCUUAUCAUUGGUGUGUUGAUAGACGCUAUGUUAUUGGAAACAUUGAACGGAAAGAGAAAAUGAACAUUAAAUUACACGAAUGUGUUAAAUAGACAGUCAAGAGUGUUCAAUAUAUAUUUGCAAGUGUCAAAGUACUCUAUUGGGAAAUAUUUUUGUUUGAUUUUGAGAACAAAAAAAAGUCGAAAGGAAAAAUAUGGCGAACAAAACGAAAUCUACGUCGUUGAGCGAUAUCGGAGCAAUGUAUAAUCAAAAGGAAUUUUACAUUGGACUCGGAUUAGCCAUAUCAUCGUCGUUAUUUAUUGGAUCAAGUUUUAUCAUUAAAAAGAAGGCGUUAAUCCAAUUGAAUCGAUCGGGUAGUUUGCGUGCAAGUGCCGGUGGUUUUGGUUACUUGAAACAAUGGCUGUGGUGGGCUGGUUUAAUCACAAUGGGAGUCGGAGAAAUGGCAAAUUUUGCAGCAUAUGCAUUUGCACCGGCAUCACUCGUAACGCCAUUGGGUGCGCUCAGUGUUUUAGUAACAUCAGUGAUGGCAUCCAAAUUUCUCAACGAAAGAUUGAAUCUGCUUGGAAAGCUGGGCUGUUUAUUGUGCAUCCUCGGUUCCAUAAUCAUUGUGCUGCAUUCACCGAAAGAGGUCGAAGUGGAAAAUCUAAGUGAAUUAAUCGAUAAAUUAAAAGACGCAUCGUUUAUCAUUUACGUAAUAAUCAUAAGUGCCAUAUCACUUAUAAUUGCGUUUUACAUCGGACCGCGAAUGGGUCAUUUGAAUGUGGCCGUUUACGUUGUUCUUUGUUCGGCAAUCGGAAGUCUCACGGUGAUGUCAUGCAAAGCACUCGGUCUAGCAUUACGUGAUACAAUUUCAGGGGCUUCAAAUGAUUUUGGACUGUGGCUACCGUACGCUUUAAUAAUCACAACGAUUUUCUUCAUCUUCGUUCAAAUGAACUAUCUUAACAAAGCGUUAGACAUCUUUAACACAAGCAUUGUGACCCCAAUUUAUUAUGUAAUUUUUACAACGCUUGUUAUUGUUGCAUCAGCUAUUUUAUUCAAAGAAUGGCGACACAUGACUGUUGAAAAUGUGAUUGGCGAUUUAUGCGGUUUCUGCAUUGUUAUUAUUGCUGUGAUUCUUUUGAAUGCCUUCCAAAAUGCCGAAAUUUCGAUAAACGAUUUACGACAAAUGAUGAGACCAAGACGAGAUCCAAUUAGCCAAAAGUCACCGAUACAUGAAGACGUUUUCAUUCGACAAUCACAUCGAAAUGGAUAUGGAACGCACAGCGAUGAUUCUGGAAACAAUUUAGUUCGACAAUUAUGACAAAAUUAUGAAGAACUAUGAAUAUGCUUAUUUUUUUCAAUUAAUGAAUCAAUUUGCUUUGAUUCGGAACAAAUCACAAAUGCAUUAUCAUUUUUUUGUUAGGAACUUUCGAGUUUUUUUUCUUAAUAUGCGUAUUUAAUAAAUUAUACACAACUUUUUUCGACGUA